AUGGAAGCGGUGACUACAAAGAUGCACUGGGAGAUAGUGACUUACACCUGGGAAGUCAAAGACUUCCUCGACCUACGAGAAAUGGCCCAGAACGAACUAACUGACGGAUGCACCCGCCUGGAAAGCACAACAUUUCACGACUUCGCGUUAUGGCUUUUUCCAAACGGACAGAAGCAGCAUAGCUCCGUUAACAGUAUCGAUAUAUCUCUUAUGUAUCGAGGUUCCAAGGAUUUUGUCGUAGCGAAGUGGUCAGCCUGUUUUCUUGAUGAGGAAGACCAGCCAGUUCCGCGGACGCGCUUAGGCGACCCCCUAAAAAAGUAUUUCAGAGGUGGAGACGGCCGCAGGUUCUCCUACUCCCCCAGCGACGCAAGCAUACAGAAGUGGCUAGUUGAUGGUGCUCUCCGCGUGAGGUGUGAGAUACAAAUAGCUAUGGAACUCACAUCCUCAAGACCCCUGAGAGACGCCAGCAAGGCGGCAUCCAGUUCUUUCAAGCAAGACAUAGUCAAGUACUGCGAGAGAGAUCAAACUCGAGACAUUUCCGUUGUCUGUGGGAAGGAAGCUUAUCGAGCCUCUCGUUUCAUGCUUGCCGCCCGGUCAGAGGUGCUCCAGGCGAUGCUGGAAGGCAGAUUCAAAGAGGCAACAGAAUCGGAGAUCAAGUUUGAAGACCUGCCUCCGCAUAUCACCAAGCAAAUGCUUGAUUUCAUUCAUUACGAUCGCUGCUCGUUAUUGGAAGGUUCAAAUAAAGCAUGCAAGAACGUCAACAAAAUAAAAAAAAUCAAUGAUAUCUUGCUGCUUUUCGCUGCCGCGGACAAGUACGAUAUAAAGGGCCUCGGAGAUUUAUGCCAGGACGCUUUGAUUCAAAGCAUGGAUCAUCACACUAUCGCUGAUAUUAUGGUUUUUGCCGAGCAGAUCAGUUCGCAGAAGCUGCUACAAGCGGGGCAAAACUACUUGCAACAUACCAACGCGUGGACUCUGUGGCAAGCUCUACGAGGCUCUGCUUCAACUGCUCCCUUUCCCGUACCUGCCACUUUCCGUCUUAUGGAAGCACCGUCAAAGGAGAUGAAGCAAGUGUGA